CCGUGCACAUAGAAAAAGCAACAGCAAAUUCAAAGUUAGCACCUUCUGCCUUUUCUCUUAUUCUCCUCAUAGACAUUACUCUUCAUACGUUCAAUUACCCCUCUUGGGUCAAAACUGAAAAAGUUCUUCUCUUUCAGUUGCAUGAACUUCUGGUUUGAACAAAUGGAAUUUGGCUGUGAGCUUGAAGUAGAUGUCAAUGGCGAUGAGAUUUUCGUAGUGGACAAGGUAGUACUACUCUCACAUUGCUUUCCCAUCCACUUCUCUUUACUUCUGUUUUGUCUGCUUCGUGCUAUGAAACUUCGAAUUCGCUUGCUAUCAAUUCUUACUCCACUUUUGUACUCAUUAUAUUAUCAGGCUCAAUAAAUUUGGACUCUGCCUCUACUUUAAUUGAGCAGCUUCUGUUAAAGCUCAAUAAAUGCAUACUCUUCCUCCCUUUUAAUUUGCACUCAUUAUCCUAUAGACUAUAGAGUGGUCCUUAUCUUGAUGUUUCUUGUUUCCACAAACUUUCCUUCUCACCUUUCUUUUUCUCCUUCCACAACUGCCGAUAGUACCUCCACAAAUUUACUGUUGACAGCAACUUUUUGCCAAUAUUUCUAUUCGAAUGCAAGAUUCUCCAAUUUUCUUCUAUGGAAUUUUAUAAUCUGUUUGAUGCAUUUAAAGCGUUUAUUACUUGAACUGUAAAUUUCUCGCAUGUUACUCAGGAAGAUUCAGGAAAUUAUUUGGUAAAUUGACGGGUAGUGCAAGACAACUAAAAGUAGUAUUUCAAUGCUUCCCUGGAGGUGCCAGAGGUUUCGAGCUUGUUGCCAGGUUUUGCUACAACAAUGGCGCAAUUGAGAUAACUCCCUCAAAUAUUGUCCUACUGAGCUGUGCUGCUUGUUACAUGGAAAUGGACAGUAAUAGCUCUGCAACACCCAACUUGGUUGACCAAACAGAAAAAUCUCUUGAAGGGAUUAAUUAUUGGACUUGGUCUGAACUCCUUGUAGCUCUAAAGCAAUGCCAAGAUUUAUCUCCUGCAUCAAAUUCUUCAUUUGUCCUUGAGAAAGUAUUGGAGUCUCUUAUAGGAAGGCUCUCUUUGCCUACUGUUGCAAGCCCAUUCAGAUGUUCCUCGGAGAAUUUCAGUUCUCAGUUUUCCUCUGAUAUAAGCAGCACUUGUAGCACGAGAAACAACUGCUCUCCAACAACUUGGUGGUUUGAAGAUCUUUUGUUUUUGAAUGUCAUUUUAUUUGACAAAGUGAUAAGGAUGAUGGUAAGCCAGAAAGUAGACCACGCUAUAAUUUCUAAGUUCCUCAUAUUUUACCUGAGAUCAAGACUUCCCAGCACUGGACUGGCUGAGCAGCGCCAAAUCAUGGAGAAGGUGAUCAGUCUCCUUUUAUUACUUGAUAGGAGCUGCCUUUCUUGCAAGGGAUUAUUUGAUGUUCUUCGAGUCGUCUCAAGUUUGAAAAUACUAAGCAAAUGCUACAAACUCAAGUUGGAGUUGCUGAUAGGUUCACAGUUAGAUCAAGCAACUUUGGAUCAUCUGCUAGUUCCAUCUCCACCUAGGAAGAAGUAUAUGUAUGAUGUCAAUUUGGUGUUGAGGCUUGCUGAAGCAUAUAUCCGACGAGGUUGGAUGACCCCAAGUCGACUAAAAAAGGUUGGCCGCUUGAUGGAUUCGUAUCUAAUGGAAGUAGCACCAGAUUUUCUUCUGAAACCUUCCACAUUUGCAGCAUUAGUAUCAGUGCUUCCAGAUUCUGCAAGAGAAUCUAGUGACAGACUUUACCAAGCCAUGGACCUAUAUCUUGAGGUUCACACACAAUUAUGUGAAGAGGAAAAGAUGAGGUUAUGUUAUGCACUGAAUCAUGAGAAACUUUCAGCCGAAAGUUUACAGCACCUGGGUCAAAACUCCAAGUUCCCAUCAAUUACAUCAUUACAAGUUUUCAUAACUCAAGAAUCCAAACACAGCAGCUCAAUUAGCAAUUGCUUGUACUAUAUCAAAAGGGUAGAUGAAUUUCGAAUUUGUAGGGAACAUAAAGAAGACCCUCAUGAGCCAGUCCGUCCUUUAGCAAGAAAGCAUGAACAUUCAAGAGAAACUGGAGUACAUUUGCAGCAAAUGCAGUGUAGAGUAGCAGAACUGGAGAAUGCUUGCACAGUGUUGCAAUCCCAGGUGCCAAAUGUAACUGAACAAAGAUUUUGUAAUUCAGGCAAAUUUAGAUCCUUGCCAAAACUCUGUUCAUGAUACAAAUGGAUCAAUGUGAAUAUUAAAUUACAAAUUGAAUGCAAAUGGGAGUUUUUUCUUUUUUUUUUU